GGAGAAAGCUAACAGAAACCAAAGAUGACUGUGUGAAACAAAAUGGAUCCAGCAAAGCCCAGCCUUUCUUCAAAGGCACCGCAUGUAAACAACGGAGGGGGAAAUGAAUCAGUGAUGGAAGAAGCAUCUGUACCCUGGCGAGACGGUGUGGACGGGGAGAGGCAGAGGGACGCGGAAACAGACGCUGUUGAUGGGACGACAGCAGCUGCAGAGAUCAACCAUCACCACAGGGGGUCAGCAGACAAACACAAGUUCAGCACGUUUGGAUAUCAGAGGCGAACCAAGCAGAAGGUGGUGACUGACUUUGCAACAGUGAGUAAGGGACCGUCUGCAGGAGCCAAACCUAGAGCUGCACUGAGACAGGUCCUGUUCAGCCAGGGAGUGUCUGAGAAAACACCGGCAUCUGAGGAGCGAGGUCAGCUGGAUGUGUUGAAGCAGGAGCUGGGGGGCUUUGCUGUGCCGGUCAAUCUAAGGUGGAUGUGGAAGGAGGAAAGUCAGGGAACCAUGCUGGAGAAGAACUGGACAGAUAUAGUGCACUCUCAUUCAACGAUGUCUAAGACGCAGAGACACCAACAGGAGGCACUGUGGGAGUUUGUUCACACUGAGCUCACCUACAUCAACAAGCUCAUUAUCAUCAAAGAUCUGGUUGUUGCAGCUCUUGAAAACCUGCGCAAGUGUGGAUUUCUUCCGGAGGUGACCCCUGAGCUGCUUUUCUCCAACCUUGCCUCCAUCCUAAUCGCACACCAGAAGUUCUGGCAGGAGGUGAUUUUUCCCAUGUUACAAGAAGUCCGGAGGACAGGCAAGCCCUUUGACCCCAUGAUGUUAGAGGCUGGUUGCCUGCAGUUCCACAAGCGCUUCGCUUCCUAUCAGCAUUACUGCUGGGAGGAGGAGAACAAUCUGGAGUUCACACGCAGGCAGAUGGAGAGCAACCCACAUUUCCUCACCUACGUCCAGUGGGUGGAGACUCACCCUCAGUGUAACAGGAUGCGGCUCGGGGACAUGCAGGCCAAACCCCAUCAGAGGAUCACAAAGUACCCUCUGCUGCUCAAAGCUGUGCUGAAAACCACCCAGGAUCCUCGUGUACAGCACACACUCAGAGGCAUGUUAUCCAGUGUAAACAACUUUUUGGAGAGUAUCAAUGACUACCUGAGGCUAAGAGAUGAGGAACUCGCCCUCACCAUCUCCGCUCAGAGGGUGGAGGGAUACGAGGUGGAGGGAAUAAAUGAAGACAUUGACAAGCAUGUCCGAGAGAUCUGCCAGUUUGACCUAACAUGCCCCAUCAGAGGAGUAGGCCCUGAUGUUGUGCGUAAGCUCCUGCUGGAGGAGAACUUGAAGAUUCGGGGGAGAAAAGACAGCAAGCUAGAGGUGGUGGCUCUCCUUUUCUCAGAUGUGCUUCUAAUGACCAAAGUCCAGAAGAAGGGAGAGCGGCUGAAGGUAAUUCGACCUCCUCUGGCCCUCGACAGAACGUAUUGCAUAUCACUGAAAGAUGGCUGUUCAUUUGUUCUCGUGGAGGUGGGUGAGCUUCGGAGUGCCCUGAAUGUCUACAUAUUUGUAGCCAGCACCUCAGACAGCUGCUCCACGUGGGUCUCCACCAUCCACCAGGCAAAGGAAACACUGAUGAUCCUGAGACAAACAGAGAACAACAGACAACUAGAGAACUGGAGAAUCCAGCAGCUGGAGGCCAAACCUGUCACAGAAGCCAAAGCAGAUGAUAUGGAGACAGAAGAACAAACUUUAUUACCAUCAAGACGAGAGACUUUUGUGGAUGAACUUAGUGAGGAACUUAUUAUCCCCAGAUCAAUAAAUGGGAUGUUGGCGUCAAACGAAGCAGAAGAACAGGAUCAGCCUCCAGAUGAUGACACCACUAAUAAUCCUCUUGUACCUGUUUGGCACUCCCAGGCCAACAUCAGUAACCGUAGAUCACUGAAUAGAGGCGUUGCUGCUCGGCAACCAGAAGUCCAAGGAUAUGAAUGGAUAGAAAUGGGAGUGAGAGCUGAACAAGUCAGGUUCUACACAGAGGAAGAGGAGCAAAGGGGGCAAAUGGUGAACUGGAACCACAGGGUGCAAUCUGCCCCUAAUCUGGGUCAGUACGUUCAUGCUGCUGAUCCGUUCAGAUACAACACAACUGGACCACUCUUCUAUCCAGAUGUUGACUACCCAACAGACGAAGAGAGUACUUCACAGCCUCCUUACCAAACCACAGUAUUCAGGGAGGGGCCUGAGUUUUUAAGACCACCAGGAGAGGGAGUAAUAUCAACAAGGAGAGACUCAGAUUCGCAGUCUGUGAACCAGGACUCCAGGAGAAAUUCCAACUACAGCCAGUCUGGAGAUGAGACUUUUCCAGAUGCUUGGGCUUUCUCCAAAAAUCUGAAGUCACCCGGGUUACGGAGAAGGAGGCCGGUCAGUACUCAUCCCUCUACUCAGACAUCUAGGCAGUUCUUCCAGGACUCAGGUCAGACAAACAGUGAUACUCUCUCUAGCCCCAACAAUAAACUGAAGAGAAGCUCUCUUCCCCCUGGCACAGAUUCACACCGGGUGCUAAAGCUGGGCUCCCUGAAGCCGAACCAAGGGAUGUUUUGGAAAACGAAUGACAGAGUCUCCCCAGACCCUCGGACAUUUUCUGAAUCUGAGCUUCCUGUUCCUAACUUCUAUAACAGAGCAAAAAACAUAAGGAGAGCUUCCAUUCCUAACAUCAUCAUCGAAGGAGGCAAUGGACUUCGUAUGCACCCCAGCAGUCUGUACACAUUACCAACAGAGAAUGCGGCUUUCCCCAUCUCAAGACAUAACCCUAACGGACACCACUCACCUCUGGAGGGACUCCUGGAAAGAGCCAGAGAGAGAGAUGGAUUAUUAAGAAGAGGCAGAAAUGCAACAAUGCCUAAUCUGAGGUCAAGGUAUCCUCCUCCUUCCCCCUCGUUUUCCAUCACAUCGUCACCAUCACCAUCGCCCAGUGAUGGAGACAGAGACACUGAGUGGGGGGAAGAGGAGGUGGAGCUGAUGAGACACAGAGCGCUCACAGUGAGUAAAGGAUGGAAGGAGCAGUUGGUGGAUGGAGAUGAAGAUGACAAGAGGAACAGUGUUAUCUUUACGGACGGAGUAAAUGUGGACUGGGCCGGUUGGUGCUUUGAUGAUGAUGAGGUCAUGGAUCAUUUACAGCCUGCAGGCGAAGGCUUCCUGGAGGGCAUCAGCCGAUCUUUGGCCUCCUGGGACAUCCAGGGACUCUCAGAGCAAGAAGACGGGGAGUGUAGUCAGGUGUAGCUCAGAAGCUGCACCACAGAGUCCUGUGGUUAUGGGGUGGACUGCCGACCAGUGACCUUUCAUGCAAACUCGAAAUUCAGUCCGUGAAUGUGCACUACAGAGGGACAAAUUAUCAAGGAUGCUUUGCUUGAAGCACACAAAGGAGAAAAACAAACAUCUCUCCAGCAGAUCAACAAGCUUCUGGUUUUUACAAUAACACAAAUGUUUUCAGCAUGAAUUCAUGGCCCGUAAUGAUUCUGUAGUAUUUGCAAAAUAAUGUAAUAUGUAUAUUUUUUUGUAGAAUACAUAAACAUGUGGUCAGUGUUGUGUGUAAAUAUGAUGAAACAUUAUUUUUUAUACGUGACUGUAUAUAUUAUUUAUAUCAAUGAUAAUUUUCCACCUUCAGAUUGUACAUAA